AUGGUGGACGCGAUUGCACGUGAGGAGAAACGGACGAUCAGGUCAGUGAACGGGAGAACAAUCGACGAGUUUCAUGUCUUGGGAAAGUUAACGAGGGCACAUUUGGUGUUGUAUAUAAAGCAAUUCCCCGACUAUGAGAAAUACAAGCACAGCUACGUAGAUAUGAACAAGAUAACCUUCAUGGCUAUCAAGAAGCCGAAGAACAACGCUCGUGAAGGGGAGGGAUUCAACAAGGAUGCUGUGCGAGAGAUUGCGCUGCUCAACGAGCUAAAGCGGGGAAGAGGGCACGAGAACAUUGUGACAUUACGGGAGGUGAUCCUGUGCCCGGACGGCACCAAGGACUCGAAGGGGUUGUACCUCGUCUUCGAUUGGGCAGAGUUCGAGCUCUCUGAGAUCCUGAAAUCACAUAGAGAGCGGCAGCGAAUGCCUUUGUGCGAGAAGGGAGUGAAGUCUAUCAUGUGGCAACUACUCAACGGCAUCUCCUACAUCCAUGAGAACUGGAUCAUACACCGAGGGGCCGCAGUGUGGGAGAGUGAAGAUCGCGGUGAAAUCUCUCAGUUCUCUUCUGCAAAUGUCGCUGAUUGCCGCCAUGACUUCAGGACUUCGAAACGAGGGAUCCCCAUUAUUCUGCAAGGGUACCGUGCGCCAGAACUUCUGCUUGGGGCUAAGCAUUACUCGAAGGCUAUCGACCUGUGGGCAGUCGGCUGCAUUUUUGGCGAGUUGCUAUCGAACCCUCCUGGUCCACUCUUUCAGGGGCAGGAAGACAAAACUUUCCAACGAGAUCAGCUCGAGAAAAUUUUUAGAAACAAGAAAGCGAAGAAUGCAGGAGAAGUGAUAAUGGAGAUGAUGAUGGAGAUGACGGAGAUAGUGAUGAAUAUUACGUUUGAUGAUGAGUAUCAGGUGAUGGGCAAGCCCUCAGCGACGGAGUGGCAUCAGAUCACUGAACUUCCUGACUGGCCGAAGAUUUCGAACGUCCAGCUCGCGCCGGACAAGAACGGCAUGAUUUACCAGGGGCUAGAGAACAAGAUCCCCGUGUUGAAGCAUAACACCCAUGCUCUCGACCUCCUGAAGAAGCUUCUCAACUUCGACCCUGCCAAGCGGAUCACAGCAUUGCAGGCGAUGGAGCAUCCCUACUUCGGGACCGGCGACUUUAAUCCCACUAGCGUGUGGAGGGAGCAAACGAACCCGAUGAGCGUCGGCCUCGACAUCGCCGCCGAAACAUCCAUCCUGUUGGGAUGA